AAUUCUUCAAAAUCUGAAACAUCUACCAAUGUACUGCCACCAAAGGAGGUCACUUCCUCCAAUCAACCAACCUACCUUAUUGUUCACGCUACAGGAGAAACACCUUUGUCUAAACGCUCUCCUUUUUUAAUCCAGAAACUUUUUGAGUCGACCAUUGGGCACCUUAAAAAAAUCCAAAAAUUGAGGUCAGGAGAUCUACUUGUGGAAACAGCCUCCCCUCAACAGUCAGAAAAACUCUUGAAAAUGAAGUCUCUAGGAGACAUACAAGUCACCAUCACACCACAUACAAGUUUGAACUCUUCACGUGGUGUGAUAUCUGAAAUUGAUCUGAUGUCUGAGGAUGAAUCAGAUAUCCAGAUUGGUCUUUCAGAUCAAGGUGUUACUGCUGUUCGACGCAUCUCCAUUCGUCGAGAUGGCAAGUUAAUUCCUACUAAACACUUAAUUUUAACCUUUAACAAACCAACUUUGCCAUCUGCUAUCACAGCAGGUUAUCUGCGCUGCCCACUUCGUCCGUAUGUUCCAAAUCCGCUGCGUUGCUUCAAAUGCCAGCGAUUUGGACAUUCACAAACAUUCUGCCGUGGGAAAAGUACAUGCGCACAGUGCGGAACUGAAAGCCACGAGAGUAUCGAGUGCACCAAUUCUCCAUGCUGUGUGAAUUGUAAAGAUGCCCAUCCUGUCUACUCAAGGAAAUGCCCUGCAUGGCAGAGAGAAAAGGAGAUUCAACGGGUAAAAACCACAAAUAAUAUACCAUACCCAGAAGCCCACCGCAUGGUCAGUCACUCAAACUACAACAUUAAAACAAAAAACAUUUGCUUCUGUUUUGAAAGCUACAAAAACAUGUGGAGUUCAAACAGAUAUUUCUGUAUCACCAAGUGAAUCUCUUACUCGCCACGCAAGAUGUUUACUGAUCCCACCUACACAAGCAGAAGAAAUGGCAAACACAAAGACCAAAACUCCUGUAACUAAAACAGGGGUAACAACCAGAAAUGUGGGUUUUAAAAAGGCUAAUAAGAACCCACUGAACAAACAAAAAUUGAAAGCAGCCCUCUCUAAAUCAAAGAGAUCAGAGACUCAAUCCAUGAGUGAGUUCUCUGAUAUUUCUGAUGAAGAGAAUAAUAUGGAGGGGACCCAACCACCCUCACCUUCAAAAGGAAAAUCCUCAGUAAAAUUGAAGAGGGACACUUUUGCGAAGACUGCUGCCUCAAACACAUAAUGGAUUAUAAAAUAAUUCAAU